AUGGACCGUCUCAACCGGAUGCUGCAGGCUGCCCAAGGCAUGGGCAUGGGCAGCGCUGCUCCAGGUGGUGACACUCCCAACCUGAUUGAUAACUCCGAAACCGUUCACAUCUCCUCCUUGGCUCUGUUGAAGAUGUUGCGCCAUGGCCGUGCUGGUGUGCCUAUGGAGGUCAUGGGUCUGAUGCUGGGAGAGUUCGUGGAUGAAUACACAGUCCGCGUGGUGGAUGUAUUUGCUAUGCCCCAGAGCGGUACUGGUGUUAGUGUUGAGGCCGUGGAUCCUGUAUUCCAGACCAAGAUGAUGGAGAUGCUGCGUCAGACAGGACGACCCGAAACCGUUGUCGGCUGGUACCACUCUCAUCCUGGAUUCGGCUGCUGGCUCUCUUCCGUCGAUAUCAAUACCCAGCAAUCAUUUGAGCAGCUGACCCCCCGUGCUGUUGCUGUUGUUGUUGACCCCAUCCAGUCCGUAAAGGGCAAAGUUGUCAUCGAUGCCUUCCGUCUCAUUCAACCUCAGACAGUUGUUAUGGGCCAGGAGCCCCGGCAAACGACAUCCAACUUGGGUCACCUGAACAAACCCUCUAUUCAAGCUUUGAUCCACGGUCUCAACCGCCACUACUACAGCAUCGCGAUCGACUACCGGAAGACAGGGUUGGAGGAGAACAUGCUGAUGAAUCUGCAUAAGCAAGUGUGGACGGAGGCCCUGCAAAUGAAUGACUUCCACGAGGAAGGCCACCACAAUGUGGACCAGAUGAAGCAGCUUGUCAGCCUUGCUGAGGGUUAUGAGAAGCGGGUGAAGGAAGAGACCGAAUUGAGCAAGGAUCAGCUGAAGACACGAUAUGUCGGCAAGGUUGACCCGAAGAAGCAUAUCGAGGAUGUGAGUCAGCAACUGAUCGAAGAUAACAUCGUUGCUGUCUCUAGACAGAUGAUUGAUAAGGAGGCAUCGGUAGCCCGACAGUCGCCGAAGGAUGGUAACAAUGCUUCCAUGGAUGUUGACGAGGAGCUGUAG